GUUAUGCGUGUAAUCUCCAUUGUUACUGGACAUUUGAAGUCUGUUCGUUACUUCAGCGCUAUGGUAGAGAAUCGGGCAAAACUUCGAUAUUGCUCCCCAAAAACAUAUGAGGAAGCUGUUGAGGCUCUUAACACACUACAGACUCCAGCUAGCUUUAAAGAUCACAAACAAUGGUCACUGGUCAGUGACCAAAGAAAAAAGCAAAAUAUUCCAGAAACCCUCUUAUUCUUGAGGCAUCUUGGCAUAUCGAUGGAUGAUAUCGAUUCAACUAAAGCAAUACAUAUAACUGGGACAAAAGGAAAAGGCUCAACGUGUGCUUUCACAGAAUCUAUAUUACGAAAUCAUGGGUUCAAAACAGGAUUUUUCAGUUCACCCCAUCUGUUAGAAGUUCGGGAAAGGAUAAGGAUAAAUGGUAAACCAUUGAGUAGGAAUCUAUUCGCUCAACAUUUUUGGGAUUGCUAUGCAGCAAUGAAAGAAGCUGAGGCACAGAAUAUUAUUCAACCACCGUCUUAUUUUCGAUUUUUAACUGUUUUAGCACUGAAAGUCUUCGUUGCUGAAAAGGUUGAUGUGGCUAUUAUCGAAGUAGGCAUUGGUGGAGAAUACGAUUCAACGAAUGUUUUACGAAGUCCUGUAGUUUGUGCUAUAACAAGUUUAGGUCUAGAUCAUACUAGUAUACUCGGUAAUACUUUAAAUGAGAUUGCUUGGCAAAAAGCGGGUAUUAUCAAGCAUGGAUGUCCAAUUGUAACUGUUCCCCAGCCGGAUAAAUGUGUGGAAGUCAUCAUCGAUCGGGCGAUUAAUGAAAAAAAAACACAAGUUUUCGAGGUCCCCUCUUCAGUAAAUGCUUAUCCAACAGUUAAUAAUCAACCAAAGAGCCUAGGGAUUGGUGGCGAAGUUCAAGAGCUGAAUUCUUCUGUAGCUUUACAGGUAUCGAAAAUUUGGCUGCAAACUCACUCCAUACCAGUUGAAGAACGAAUUUCUAGAUUUUCGAAAAAUUGCCAAUUUCAACAAUUAAAUGGUUUUCAGUUGACUCAACCUUAUUUAAAAGGUUUAACAGAAACUAAAUGGUUUGGCAGAAGCCAGAUUUUAAAACAGGAUCGUAUAACAUAUUACAUAGAUGGUGCACAUACACCGCGUAGUAUAGAUAACUGUGCCAGAUGGUUUGAAAAUCAAAUAUCAGAAGAAGCUAAACAACUGCCGAAAACAUGUAUCAUAAAACGCGUUCUGAUGUUCAAUGUAACUGGUGAUAGACAAGCAGAACCCUUACUAGCCAGGCUUCAAAUGCUGGGAUUUAGUUACGCUCUCUUUUCAACGAAUAUAUGCAAUUCAAUCGAUGCAGAUAUAAAAAACCUUACAGUGUCUGAGAGUACAGUUUAUAACGUUUGCCAGAAAAAUCUCGAUAGUUGGAGAAGAGUAAACGGAAACGAACUAUGUGAUAAUGCCGCGACGUUUCAUACAAUAAACGACGUACUGGAAUUCCUCGAUAAUAUGAAAGAAAGGGAUGGAUCCAAUAACUUUCAUUAUCAAGUUUUGGUAACAGGGAGUUUACAUUUGGCUGGUGGAUUAUUGAAACUUAGAGCUCCAAAUAUUUUGGAUUCAUACGAAUAA